UGCAUUGAACCUGAUUUGCAAACUAUUUUGGAGUGACUCUGUGCUACCUGAAAUAAGCCUGGCGAUUGGAACAGCUUUGGCCACGUUUAAUGCAUUAAUGAUCAGUCAGCGUUGAGCACACUAGAAACGGUCCGUUCGAGGGGUUUGUCUUGCUGCAAAUAUUGCUAUCACCCACAGCUACAAAAAAAACCCCUCUUUUCAAACACAAAUUUUCCUCAACCUGGAUAAUUUUAUGUUAGCCAUGCUGUUUAUUUCACGCUCUCUUCCUCCCCUCCCCUCCUGAAGCUGGGAAAAAUAUGACUUUGUGAAUGACCAACUGCAUCAAACACUGGCUCCUUUCCCUUUUGCCACUCCCUUACAUCGAGGGGGCUUCCCCUUUCGGUGCCCCCCCCCCCCCCCCCCGAGAAUGAGGGCUGCCUCUGUGUCAUGCUCUGUCAUUGUCUGCCUGUUCCAGUCCUGGAUAUAGCGCGGGCGAGCGCACUUUCAAAUGAGAAUUCAGCAAAGGCGAGCACUUGAGUCGGAGCAGUGGCGUCUGCUUGUAUUUGAGGGUGUUCUCACUAGAGUUGAGAGACAUUCUUUGCUGUGAAAGCUACAGGAAACAGCGAACGUGCGUAAACCCACAAUAAGGAUUCCGGUUGACUAUUAGAGGACUGGAACGUUGCCGUUUCCCCAACUUUUAAAAGGGACGACGAGAAUCUUGAGGUGUACAAGGCAGGUUCAGACAUCGCCAUGAGUUCAGAGGCUGAAGGCACUGAAUCCCAGACAAUUGUGAAUGGGCUUCCAACGAACCAGCAGCAGCAUGAUCAAGAAACAGACCCAUCAAAGAUCACUGUAGGCAAAGGGUCGGUGACUAUGCGAAUAACCUCUGCGUGUGUGGAACCUCCAGAAGCUGACAGGCCACCAAAUGAAGAUUCCCAACAAUCAACCAGCCCUGAGCUGCCAAGUUCAAAGACAGACGCAGAUAGUUGGAUGCCACCUUCAGCUGGCGAUGCGAAUGGAGAUGCCACCUCAUCAUCGCUGGCAGCUAAAGGAUUUCGCAGUGUGCGCCCACAUCUGCCAACAGAGUACAAACCACAACUUCAGGAUGUGCAGUCCACAGUAAGUGAAGGAGAAUUGCCUUGUACGAGUCUGGAGUCACAUCUUGGCCUUGCCUCAUCGAGCAGGCUUUCGGCCUACCCAUCCACCACCUUCGUGAAUCCUACUAUCGUUCUGCUUCAGCACAACCGAGAACAGCAGAAACGUUUGAACAGCCUGUCAGAUUCUGUGCCAGAAACAGUAACUGAUCAUAAAACGCAAGUUGCAGCUUCAGACGGAAGUGUUCCUCCUGUGCACACAGCAGCAGCGAUGGAUAAUAAAUGGCAGAAAGUCACCCAGGUGCCUCAGUCCUCCUUCAUAGCGCCUGAAGACCUGGGUAUCAAGAAUGUCGAGAGGCCCAAAGAUUGGUACAAGACCAUGUUCAAACAGAUUCACAAAGUCAGCAAAGACACUCCUGAGGAAAAUCCGUAUCACCCUACAUACAGCUUUCCUGAGCUUCCUGAAUGCCAGCAGAAAAGAGAAGAAACAGUCACUUACACCCCAACCUAUGUCUUCUCCGAGAUUGCUCAGAGAGAGUUUCUCAAAGCAGAUGAUGACGUGGAGUACUACUCCCCACGGUACCAUUAUUCUGAAGACAUGAAAGGUCAGACAGUUGUGCCUCGUUCCAAAAGCGCAGGAGACACUAUUGACUUGGAGAUGACUGAGCGGAGAUCAGCGACCCUGCCUCUACCUACUCGGUCAUCAUCAUUGAAGCCCCUCUCUGAAAGGAACGACUGGGGACCUCUAGACAAAAAAGUAGACACGAGGAAGUAUCGUGCUGAACCAAGGAGCAUUUUUGAUUAUGAACCUGGAAAGUCUUCCGUGCUCGCUCAUGAGAAAACGAAGACAGAAGAAAAGAUUGAGAAAGACCCUGCGCAGGCUUUGACCCAGAAUAGAACCAUUGGCUACACAACUGAUCAGGUUCAGAGUGAAAAUCUGUCAAAUCGUCAUGAAGAGGAGACAGGGCGAGAUAAGCGGGACAUAAGUCCGGAAGAAAUAGAUUUAAAGAAUGAACCUUGGUAUAGAUUCUUUUCGGAGCUGGAGUUUGGCAAGCCGCCUCCAAAAAAGAUUUGGGAAUAUACGCCGGGAGAAUGCUCUAUUCUUUCUGUAGAGAAUAGAAAGGAUCAGCUAGAGAAAGAUCUCUAUCUCUACCAGGCUGAGCUAGACACAGACUUAGAAAAAAUGGAGAAGCUUUUUAGAAGCCACGACACCCAAUUUUGCAAGAAUGCAGCGCUGAAUUCUCCCUUGGAAAUCCCAUCUGAGUGCUCAAAUUAUUCCACAUUUUUGUCCAAUUCCCAUGCAGUGAGAAGACAGUCAGAGGCUGGCACAGGGGAGCCAGUCAGCCAGGAGAACGAGAGGCUAAUCUACAAGACCGUUCUGGAAGGGGGCGAUAUUCCAUUCCAGGGGUUGAGCGGCUUGAGCAAGAGGACGUCCAGCUCCUCUUCAACCAAAGUGGAUUUUAAAGGUGGGAAUGGCCACAGCAUUUCAACUACUUCACUUUAUAGUACGCCGGUUAACUCUAGUAAUAUGCUAGGUAAUAAAUGUAAACAUAAGACGCCCUUGUCCGCAGCAAAGGCCUGCAUUUCUGAAAUCCUUCCCUCAAAAUUCAAGCCCAAACUACUGGUAGAGAGCAUCCGUGCCCAGGACAGAGAGGGUGACGCUCGCUGUCCACAGAGGGCUCAGAGUUACGAAAACCUCCUCGGCGUCGUCUGCAAACUCACCAGCAAGAAAGUGGCGGUGAAAGAGACUGGGCGAAGUGCCGAGUCUCUCUCCCUGGCAGAAAGCGAGGAGCCCAGCCUUUGUUCAAGUGGCCGUGGGAGGCUGCAGGAACUGCCUGCCGAUCCCGGGAGAGGUGGUCUUCCGAAUGGCUGUGGUGACGACACAACGGCCUUUACCAAAACCUGCCAAAGUACCUGUCAGAUGGAUCGCUCGCUGCCCCCAGGAGCCCUGCCCACCUCCAUGGUGAGAGCCAUGGUGUUUCAGUUAGAAUAUGAUCUGAAAGGCCACUGCAGGCAGAACUUGAGUCAAGAUGGGUUGAGCCAGGCCCCAGACUAUUCAGUGUCCUCCAGGGUCAAUGAAUUUGAGCAGAUCAUCCAGAGGUCACGGUCGAUGCCUGCACUAGAUGCUCCCACUGGCUCUACACCACACAGGAGCCCAGUGCCACCUCACUCCAGGCUUUUCCUACAUGCGGCCCACUCUGUCGAGAGUCUAUUGGAGCCCUCUCCACAAUGCCACGACAAGACGGGAUCUGACAUUAACAUAACCACCCGGCACGCUUCCAUCUCCAGCAGCGAUCCUGAAGAAGUGGCAUCGGAGCUUAGUGAAGUGGUGGUUACAGAGUCACUGUGCCCUGCUAUUGAUGACAAGGCGGACGGCCUCUCCACCAUCUCGGCUGACAGCUCGGGCAGUAAAGAUCGCCCUCUGAGCGCACGCAUCAACAACCGUUGCCAAGGAGCCUGCCCCGCCUCCUACACCCGCUUCACCACCAUCCGCAGGCACGAGAAGCAGGCAGCAAGCCCCUUGGAUCCCAGGCAGGCCACACAGCAGCACCUCCCAAACCCUCUCUCCAGGAAUCUCUACCUCCUCAGCCCGAGGCCCUUCCGACUGAAAAGACCCUUUUUGCACAGGCUGAGAAAGCCAAUAGCCCAGCCAGACUCGGACGGCCAUGUGGUGGUGGAGCAUGAGAAAGGAAGUCUGCCUUGUAACCCAGGUGGACAUGGGUCACUUUCAAACAAUGGGCCGACCCUUCCCAGACGCACCACGUCCUUUCGUAUUUUGGAAAAGAUGUGCAGCCCGGCCAUGACUGGACGUUGCCGAGAUAAUGGCAUCUUUCAGCAUCCUGAUCUCCCGGGGGAAUCUGCGAAUGGGAAUCUUGUUCCAUUAGCUGUAUUCGAUGAGGUCGACCCAAACAACAAUCGGCAAAAUGUACUGGGCGUGUACCUGAAAGGUGGACUUUCCAGUAAUUCACUGGCAUCUUGUCUGUUGUUGUAUUUCUCCUCACCACCCCCCCCCCCUCCAUUUUGUGCUCUUUGUUUUUGUAAUCUGUGACAUUCCAAUUCUUGC